AGUGCAAGCCCAAUAUUCGUAGAUCUGCUUUGGGUCCAUGAGGGCUCGCAGAUGGCAGAUAAACCCUCUGGACUCCGGACCCACAUGCGGGGUUUAGCGCUGUGUGGGGUUCGGCCUCGAACUUGGACUUCCGGCUACUUGCCGAUAGGUCGAGCCCCAGAUCCAACGAGGCCGAGGAGGGCAGACAUGCGUGUUGUGGGAUCGACACACCGACGCCAGGCAUGAGCUGCAGAGGUGGACUCUAAAUCCAAACGAGCGAGACUGUGCUCUGUCUUCUAUGGGAGCCUGGUCCAGUGCAAAACACGAUGUUCGAUUCGCUCGAACUGCAGUCUGGAAUGAUUGCCCAAGAGAUCGAUGUGGAAGUCAGAUGAGAGAGAAGAGGAAUAAUCCGAUGGCCGUGGUUCCCACAAGUGAUGUCAGCCCCCCCUGGCUGUAUGUGUUCCUCGAGGGUCAACACGCUGCAGCUCAGUAUUCCAAUAGAUUGAAAGUCCGGGAGGCCACGGGCACUUCAGUAAGAGGUGGAUCUCUAAAGGCAUGAUAAGGACAGAUGGGAGGUCCCAUGCCAGACCGACUGCUGGAAAUGCUUGUUUAUUUGACCGGGGACUGUUGUCUCCGGCUCCUUCCGCGCUGGUCAACGCUCUGUUCACCGGAUUGUGACAAAGGAUAGCUCAGUGGUCUGACCGACGAGCGGACCUUGCCCAGGUGUGAGAAGAAUCUUCCACACAGAAGGCCCACUCGAGGGGGUUGUGCCACGAAAUCAUGAGUGAUGUGCCCCGGAAGCAAGAGAAAAGAAGUUUUGGCGUACCCUUCGCAGAAUUCAGCGCAGGCCUCACAUGAAUUGGUCAAACAUGGGGCAGGCUCUUCUUUCAAGCCGGGCACGGAAGUCUCCCAUCUAAAUAUACGAGUUUUCGAGCCCGGUGGCCAGUUUGCGACACGCUCGAAUGAAGCGGACGGGCGUGCAGCAGUAGGAGGCCAACUACAAGAUGCGAGACAACGGAGAUUCUGUGUAUAUAACGUUGGUCCUCUGAGCUCCAUACGAGAAUUUAUCCCUUAGCAUGAUGCGCAGCUGUCCAGGGAAAGAAUUUUCCCUCAACUGUGAUCAAAUUCUUGUAGAUAGGCCGAUGAUUCAAAGUUACAUCAUAAUGGUUCAGCUCAGAGCACCAAUUCGCUUGCCCAAUUUCUGAAUGGGUUGAGCCUUCAGAAUCUUGGUCUUCCUCGACGUGGUGAUCUGCAGAAAAAUAGUUCAAUUCUUGAGUCGUGAUGUCAAAAAGUGCUUUGACUUCAGAGAUGAGCCUGCUUUCAGCUGCACAGUCCGCUUGCCUGCAGGAUCCAUAUGUUUGUAAAUGGAAUUCGGAAGAAGAACAUAUGAUACAUGGUUCAAGCACUUGAGUUCCGCGUGAGAACUCUGUACAGGUGUAGGAAUUAGUGAGCUCAUCUGCGGGAUCGAAAGUAGAAGGAACUCAGAACAAAGGAUCUGGAGUGCUUAGAGCACUAAAGAACUAUGCGAGCAGUUAUUGUGCCAUUAUAGAAGGGGAGAGAUAUGAGAAAAGACAGAAAUCUAAAUCGAGGUUUAACAAGGGUCUGCUAGAUCGGACGACUGAAUUUGGAAGGAUAGAUCGACCCGUGACAGGCAGACGCAGGGCACAAUGAUGAAAUCCACGGAAAAUAGUGCUAAUGUUUUACAGAAUGGCCACGGACAACAACGCUCUGUUCCUACGAAGUCAAGCGUACCAGCGUUUGGAACCCAGGCUAAUGCUUUGCUUCGGAAAAACCUUAUAUUUCAGAUGCGGAACUACAAAACGAAUGUAUGCGCUAUAGCCUUUCCUGUUGUGAUAUGUCUAUUACUCUUCGGGCUGCAAGCUGUUAUCAACAAAGUUCUGGACAGGCCUGGACUAAAGUGCGGUUGCGUAGAUCGAAUCAACCCUCAGACUGGUCUUUCCGAACAACUUUGCGGCUUGCAGUACACCACUGAUCCCGUGCAAGCUGCCUUCUGUCCUGUUGAUCAUCCACCAGAGUGGCCGGCACUAAUGCAAGUACCUAACCCGAGACGAGUCGUAUCAGACAAUCCCCUGGGUGAUUUCUUCCGGGGAACGGCCAUUCUCUACACAGGACAAGAUCCUCAAACUGCACAAGCUCUGAUGAACCAGCUGAUAGUCAACAACAUUGACGUAGAUACAACGGAUCCCCUGAUCAAGUACUCGGAUGUUGUGGUGGGAUCCCCUACAAGUCUCGAGGAUACACUCAUCCUCGAACAAGCUUUUAUUAAAGACGAUUUGUAUGUCCUGCAAAACUCAAGAUGCACCAAUAACGAGGACUUUCAACUCAGCUUGACCUACAACCUCUCUGGUUUAAUUGUACCUUACAAUGGAACUCCAAGGUGUAUCACGUCACUAUAUCCGUUCAGCGAAGAUGUUACUCAAAUCAACAGGGAUAUCUAUCUCGCAGCCCAAAGCCGAAUAUCAGCAGGAGACAAAAAGCACAACGACUUUGUGACGGCCUACGACUUUGGUGACACUUCAGCGGACAAACUGAACGUUAGCGUGUUCUAUAACGCAUACGGAGCAUCGCUACCUAAUACAUUACCUCCCAGAUAUCAUCGUGUGUCGCGGCCGAUGAACCUGGCAGCUCAAGCAUAUUUACGCUUCUUGACUGGGGCUCAAGCGAAGCUGUCUGUGUGGUUCCUUAAAGAGAUGCCAAGAGCUGCAUCGGAACUUCGAUUAGACCUGACUAUCCUUCUGGGACCCCUCUUUUACAUGUGGGUCUCUGCCCUUUUGUUCCCUGUGAUUAUGACAACCUUAGUGUACGAAAAGCAGAAAAACCUGCGAAUGAUGAUGAAAAUGCAUGGUCUCGGAGAUGGGGCAUACUGGGUUAUAACUUACGCCUACUUUCUGGCUUUGUCUUUGGUAUAUUUUUUUUUCUUCGUGGCGCUCGGCUCAGCUGUGGGUCUCAAAUUUUUCCGGCUCAAUUCCUACAGCAUGCAGUUCGUCUUCUUCUUCAUAUACAUGAAUUUACAGAUUGCCCUUUCGUUUCUAGUUGCCACUAUCUUCCAAAAUACAAAGACAGCCACAGUGUGUGGUUAUAUGUACGUAUUCGGAUUCGGACUUAUGGGACAAUUUUUCUUCCGAGCCCUUCUUGAGGAUCUGCAGACAGGACGUGGCUGGAUUUUUGGUAUGGAACUUCUUCCUGGCUUCUCCCUAUACCGGGGCCUGUACGAAUUCGGUCAGUACUCUUUGAUUGGCAAUUUCCAGGGCACCGAAGGAAUGCAAUGGCGAGACUUGAAGGACAAGCAGAAUGGACUGAAAACCGUCUUCCAAAUUCAAGCCGUCGAGUGGAUCGUAUUUUUGGCUGUAACAUGUUACCUGGAUCAAGUGAUGGCUUCCUCGGGCGCAGGAGUGAAAAGACAUCCUCUCUUCUGCUUCGGAUGUUCCUGGAAUAACCGCAGGAAGCGCAGAGGCGCAAGCGUGAAUGAAGAAGAAAGAGCACUGUCGAAAUCCAAGUCGCAAAGGGAACGUGAAGAUCUGGGUCUCGAUAUGGAGAAACCAGACGUCGCCGCGGAAAGAGCAAGGGUGGAACAGCUGAGAGAUAUGCCGAGCAAUACUUGUGCCAUUGUUUGUGAUGAUUUGAAGAAAGUAUAUCCGGGAAAGGACGGAAACCAAGACAAGUAUGCUGUACGUGGGUUGUCACUCGGAGUUGAGACGGGUGAAUGUUUUGGUAUGCUAGGGCCGAAUGGGGCCGGAAAAUCCACCACGAUCAACAUGAUGAUUGGGCUGUUGACUCCUUCGUCGGGGACGGCUUACAUCCACGGCCUCGACAUCACGAGAGAUAUGAAUCGCAUCUACACGAGCAUGGGGGUUUGCCCGCAGCACGAUCUCAUAUGGGAGCAGUUGACGGGCAGAGAGCAUCUGCUGUUCUACGGGAGAUUGAAGAAUCUGAAAGGCCCUGCACUCUGGAAUGCGGUCGAUGCAUCUCUGAAAAGUGUCAAUCUCUUCGACAGAGGAGUGGGAGAUAAGAAGACCAAGGAGUACAGCGGUGGGAUGAAGCGGAGAUUAAGUGUCGCCAUUUCUCUGAUCGGUGAUCCGAAAGUGGUCUACAUGGAUGAACCGAGCACAGGUCUGGACCCUGCUUCUCGCAGCAAUUUGUGGAACAUCGUGAAGGAGGCGAAGAAGGACCGAGCAAUCAUCCUCACCACUCAUUCCAUGGAGGAAGCGGAGGCACUCUGCGACAGGCUCUGCAUAUUUGUGAACGGCCAGCUGCAGUGCAUCGGAGACUCGAAGGAAUUGACUUCCCGGUAUGGAGGAGUAUAUGUCCUUACAGUGACAACACCGGUCGAAAAGGAACAAGAGGUAAUCGACUUGGUGGAAACUCUGUCACGCCAUUCGCAGAAGAUUUAUGGACUUGCUGGUACUCAGAAGUUUGAGCUUCCGAAGGCAGAAGUGCAGAUUGCGCGGGUUUUUUCGACGGUGGAGAGGGCGAAACAGAGGCUCAGAAUACAGGCGUGGGGGAUAUCUGAUACGACUCUAGAAGACGUAUUUAUCAAAGUGGCCCGCGAGGCUCAACAAGGGGAUGCUGACUGGUCCUGAUUUCACCCCUGUAGUGUAUGUAUGAUUUUGUAGCGAGAUUCAGUUGUACAAAGUCCAUUCAUUGUAGUGUAAAGAUAGCACAGAUGCGGCACUCAGCAGCACUCACCUUGUCAGCGUGAAAAUGUUUAUUGAGCAUGAUAUGUAGAAAUGGUUUGCUCUCCACUAUGAGCCAAAAGUAAGGGUCAUGGGACGGAAAAUCUUGACAUCACUCGAAUGGGAGAGAAGGACCAUAUUUUUUAAAGUAUUGGCGGUUGCCCUUCUCGUUGGUUACUUUGUGCCAGGUGAAAAACCGUGGCACUACCGCAUCUGAAGUACGUAACACCAAAUUCCACACUUCAAGGAAAAGACUAAGUUUAAAAUUUGGAGCACCUGCAGAGGUGCAGAAAGACUCAGGAAUAAGAAGGAAAAAACAUCCGACCGAAAAAGACCCGAUAGAAACUGGACUGAGAAAAUUUUGGAUCCAACCACAAGUUUUCUUGAUUUUUUAGCACUUGAUUACAGUUGUUAAAAGGCGAAGAAUCCUCGUGACCUGCUCCCAAAUAACAAUUUG